CUAGGCAACUGCUUUACAACUUAUUUAUACCCAGCUCUAUGCUGGAUCUUUAUGGUUUUUCUUUGGGGGGGGUGGUUCUGGGGGUUGAAUCUAAGGCUUUCAGCAGUGCUACUCAAAUAAAUGCUUCAUCACAGCCGGGUGGUGGUGGCGCACACCUUUAGUCCCAGCACUCGGGAGGCAGAGGCAGGCGGGUCUCUCUCUGAGUUCGAGGUCAGCCUGGUCUACAGACCUAGUUCCAGAACAGGCUUCAAAGCUACACAGAGAAACCCUGUCUUGAAAGAAAAAAAGAAAAAGAAAAAGCUUCACCACUAAACUGUAGUCCCAGGCCUUUAUUAAUUUGGUGCCUGUGGAAGUGAGAAGUCAGCCUUGGAUGUCCUUCCUCAGAAGUCCACUUUUGUUUUUCUUUGAAACAGGUUAUCUCAUUGGGACGGAGGGCUCCCUGUAGGCUAGGCUGUGGCCAGUGAGCCCCAGGCAUCUGCCUCUCUAGGACUUGGAUUAUGAAUGUGUUUAAGUAUGAAGCAGGAUAAAGAAAAACCAUAAAGCUUAGUGCAAUCCUUGUUUCCCACCUACAAGCUCUUCUGGGACCACUUCAGAGCUAAAACAGUGGAACCAGACUACAGUGCUACGAUGCAGUCCAGCACUUGGAGGCAGAGGCAGGAGGAUCAAUUCAAGACUAUUCUCGGCUACAUAAUAGCAAGUUCAACGCCAGCUUGGACUACAUGAAGAUUCUGCCAUUUAAAUAAAAAUAAAAGGCGGAGAGAGCAGUAUGCAGAGAGAGCUUCCUCAAAAACACUGAUAUCCUCGGACUCAGCCCACUCAGUACAAAUUUCCCAAGCAGAGAGCAGACGGGGAGGAAAUACGUUAUACGAUGCAUGACAGUUAGUCAAGAGGCGGUGGAGCACCCACCCUGGGUGCUGCUAGAUGUUGCCCUGUUCCUCAGCCUGAGGGCCUUGCCUUUGCUUGUCUUGGACAUUUUUAUCUCUCUGGCCUUGCUCUAUCUGUAAACUGAAGGAAUUAGCUCAUGUCUUCUGAGGAUCCUGUACUCAAGGAUAGCUAAGGUGGGGACCGACCCUUUCACCACGUGGUCUUUUUCAUUUUUUUGGACUGGGUCUCCAUGUGCCGUCGAAGCUAACUUCAACUCUUCCUGCCUCAGCCUUCCGAGGACUGGAAUUACUGGCAUGAACCAUCACGAGCAACUCUCAAAUGAUCACUAAAUAAAAAUCUAUGUUGGGCGCGGUGGCGCCGCCUGUAACCCAACACUCCAGGGACUGAGGCUGGAGGAUAAGGAGUUGCUAUUCUAAAACACAGGAUGUUCUUUAUGUUUCCACGCAAGGGAGGCUCUGUCUUCACUUGCCACGCGAACACUGGCCGCACUGAUAUUCGAUCCACGCGGGUGGCUGCAAAGCCGCUGCCCUGACGACGCCUGGGGUUCCAGGCUCCGCGCUGUGACGCGCCGCUCGCGGUCCCCGCCCUGCGGCCAGCACCCCACGGAGGCGGGACCUGGGCGGGGCCAGCAGCCGCGGGAACCCCGAGCCCGCCUCCUCGGCCAGCGCUUUGCCGCUCGCCAUGGCCCCGGCGCUGCUGCUGGUCCCGGCGGCUCUUGCCUCCUUCAUCCUAGCCUUUGGGACCGGAGUGGAGUUCGUGCGUUUCACCUCCCUGCGGCCGCUGCUUGGAGGGACCCCGGAGUCUGGCGGUCCGGAUGCCCGCCGUGGGUGGUUAGCUGCCUUGCAAGAUCGAAGCAUUCUUACCUCCCUGGCUUGGGAUCUUGGGCUUCUGCUAUUGUUUGUGGUGCAGCACAGCCUCAUGGCAACCGAGACAGUGAAGGAAUGGACAUCCCGGUACUUUGGAGUCCUUCAGAGGUCUCUGUAUGUGGCAUGCACUGCCCUGGCCUUGCAGCUGGUGAUGCGGUACUGGGAGACUGUACCCAGAGGCCCAGUGUUGUGGGAGGCUCGGGCUGAACCAUGGGCCACCUGGGUGCCCCUCCUCUGCUUUGUGCUCCACGUCGUUUCCUGGCUCCUCAUCUUCAGCAUCCUUCUGGUCUUUGACUACGCUGAACUCAUGGGCCUCAAACAGGUAUAUUACCAUGUCCUGGGGCUGGGCGAGCCUCUGGCUCUGAAGUCUCCUCGGGCUCUGAGGCUCUUUUCCCACCUUCGACACCCAGUAUGUGUGGAACUUCUGACGGUGCUGUGGGUGGUUCCCACCCUGGGCACUGACCGCCUCCUCCUGGCUCUCCUCCUUACCCUCUACCUGGGCUUGGCACAUGGGCUGGACCAGCAAGAUCUCCGCUACCUUCGGUCUCAAUUACAAAGAAAACUCCAGCUUCUCUCCAGACCCCAGGAUGGGGGAGCAGAGUGAGGAGCUAGCUCAGGUUCUAAGGCCUGUACUCCCUCAAAACAAAAAUCCCUUAGCAUCCAAGCCGGUUGCUUCAGACUAGAGGCUGUGCCGAAGGGGCUGUCCCUUCCCCUGCUGGAGACCUCAGUUCCAGGGUCCAGGUACCCUACUCUAGAGUUUCAGCCACUGGCCUCCAGGGUCCACUUCUCACCAACCAAGAGUGGGUACAGAACUCAUGAAUCUCAUCUCAUCUCUUGGGGCAUGACCCACACACACAAGGCUAAGGGUUCUGCCUUGAGCAUUCACUCCCUUGGCACUGUUACUGGCUCUGCACCUCAGGGAUUCCCUUCCUAGCUUCCACUUCAGGGAGCUAUGUCAGGGCCAGUCUGCAAGUUUGCUGGUGGUGCUACUUCUCUUGUGCCGCGGCUGUGCGUUUUCCCCACUCCUGCCUCAAUUUCUCCACCUCCUUAGGUCCAGCCCUACAGCUCCUUGGCGUCUCCCAUUUUUUUAACUCGGUCUCCUACAGCGGUGUCUCCCGUUUUUAACUCGGGCUGACGCCGGGCUCCCUGCUCUCCCAAAGGAUAUGCGCUGCAGAAAAAUUAAAAUUUUCUAAUAUGGUA